GUCCCGCACAGGCCCUGGAUCUCAUAUUCUGUCCUCCUCCUCUGGCUUUCUUUCUUUCUUUCUCACCUUCGUUUCUCCACAACCACAAUGUCCGCAACAGUCGUGUCUGCUCCAGGAAAAGUCCUGCUCGCCGGUGGUUACCUCGUCCUCGACCCCGCAUACUCGGGGGUUGUGGUCUCUACUUCUUCCAGGUUCUAUACUGUAAUCACCCCAGGCGGCUUGCCUGGCCAGAUCAUCGUCCGAUCGCCCCAGUUCUUGGACGCAACAUGGUUGUACGACGUCCUGCUUGUGCAGAAGGAGACCGUCAGCGUCGUGCAGUCCGCCAAAUCCCCUUCCGCGUCGAAGAAUAAAUUUGUCGAGUUAGCGCUCAAACACACGUUAGCUCUUGUCCUUGACUUGAGGAGUCCUGCUGAGAUCGAAGCCGCACUCUCAUCAGGCCUCGACAUCACCAUUGUUGGGGAUAACGACUUCUACUCUCAACAAGAACAGCUAAAAAUCCGCAACCUCGAGCCCACCCUCGCUUCCCUUUCCCUGCUAUCACCUUUCCUCCCAACAAAUGUCCGCCUCUCUGACGUAUCUAAGACCGGACUUGGAUCUUCUGCUGCUCUCAUAACCUCGCUCAUCUCCGCCCUCCUCGUACACCUUGAUGUCAUCCCCCCAUCCAUCCUCUCUGGCUCUAACGAGGCUGCAAUUGGAGCAAAACGCCUUGCACACAACCUUGCGCAAUUUGUGCAUUGCCUAGCGCAGGGCAAAGUCGGCAGUGGAUUUGAUGUCGCAGCUGCCGUGUUUGGUAGUCAACUCUACACACGGUUCGACCCAGGAGUCAUCCAGGGCUUGAUGAAUGACGACACAACAUCACAGCUCUUCCCCACUAUCUCCCCGCAGAACCCUGCAUGGGAUUACAGAGUCGAGCCCUUCCGCCUCCCGCCCUUUACCCGAAUCCUCCUCGCCGACGUGCACGCCGGGAGCAAUACACCCCUGCUCGUGGGACAGGUCCUAGAAUGGCGCCGGAAUAACAGCACGGCAGCCCAUUCUGUCUGGACCGCACUUGACCAGCUGAACACGUCUUUAGCGCAGACGCUAGCUCGUCUAUCUAUGCUCCAUGAGCAGGACUCGGAAGCGUAUCUAGGCACGGUCAAGUACAUUUCGAGCAUGCAAUCCGUCCAGUGGACCGCGGUCGCUAACGCUCAGCCACAUCUAACAAGCUGCCUUGAAGCCUUCUACGAGGCGCAUCUUCUCACUGAACAAAUACGCGUUAAAAUGCGUGAAAUGGGCACCCUCUCUGGCGUCGAGAUCGAGCCCGCACAACAAACAAAGCUCCUCGACGACAGCGUCUCGCUAGCAGGUGUCAUCGGUGGCGGCGUUCCCGGUGCGGGCGGCUACGACGCGAUCUGGCUCCUCGUGUGCAACCCACCAGAAAUGUUCGGCAUGCGCCCGUUGCAGCGCGUCGAGCACCUUUGGAGCUCCAACCCAAGUGUCAGCCCGCUUCUCGCAGAAGAAAGCACCGGGUCGGGCGUACGCGCCGAAGACAUGAACGCCGUCCCGGGCCUCCGAGAGGUUAUAGGGAAGUAAUGUUCCUGCCGCAUACGUACAUACCCGGCUGCUGCACCGUACUGACGAAACGAACAUUCGCCCCGGCGAUAUGCGUCUCAUUGUCACAUCUCUUCCCCUCUGCCCUAUUAUGCUUUAACUUCAGGCUUCAUGCAUCAAGCAUCGCGUUGUUUGAUGACCAUGGUCCACAUUCCGAUCUUGCUUGCUUGCUCGUCACGUCGCUUUUUAGGCCCUUGCGCCAGUCCGUAUAGUCCAUUCUCCAAUGUCCUGUCUGCAAUCCAGAUGCUGUACGAUACCUGUAGCUACGACUACCCUCUAUUCUAACUUCAUAGAUUUUCGGGCCCCCUUAUCUCACCUUACCCGUCCCAUACCAUGCACUCCUGCCUGCCGCGUCUCGUCUACAUGCAUAUUGUAGCAUUCCCUUCGGGCGUCCAUACCUUGCCUAGCGCGAGGAACAAGGAGAGCAGCAUUACAGUCACACCGAACGUGACACACACGU